UGGGUAAUUAUCAUUUAUUGUGUGGUUUGAUUUUGACAAGUGUGUUCUGUUAAAACUUUAAAAUAAUUUAAGUAAUUUAAUAUUUUUGUAUAACAGGAACAAUGGAAGAAUUACAGAAAAGAAUUGCAGAGCUCGAAGAGGAAUUGCAAAAGGAGAGAUGUAGAAAUGCAAUUACUGCACGCGAAAAGAUUGAACAUAUGUCUGGUGAAGUUAUAGAUUCUAACCCCUACAGUCGUCUAAUGGCAUUAAAACGUAUGGGUAUUGUUAAUAAUUAUGAAGAUAUACGACAAAAAACAGUAGCUAUUGUUGGGGUUGGAGGAGUUGGUAGUGUAGCUGCAGAGAUGUUAACAAGAUGUGGUAUAGGAAAGCUAAUUCUUUUUGAUUAUGACAAAGUGGAAUUAGCAAAUAUGAAUAGAUUAUUUUUUCAACCAUAUCAAGCAGGACAGAGUAAGGUAGAAGCUGCUGCCAAGACUUUACAAUAUAUUAAUCCUGAUGUAGAAAUUGAAUCACAUAAUUAUAAUAUUACAACUGUAGAUAACUUUCAAGAUUUUAUGAUUACGAUAAGUACAUCAAGCUUAAUGAAUGGCCCUGUGGACUUAGUUUUAAGUUGUGUCGAUAAUUUUGAAGCACGUAUGGCAAUAAACACUGCUUGUAAUGAACUCAAUCAGUUGUGGUUUGAAAGCGGAGUUUCAGAAAAUGCGGUCUCUGGACAUAUUCAAUUUCUUAUACCAGGAGAGACAGCUUGCUUUGCUUGCGCACCACCUUUGGUUGUUGCAUCAAAUAUUGAUGAAAAAACUUUAAAGAGAGAUGGUGUAUGUGCUGCAUCCUUACCCACAACUAUGGGUAUAGUAGCAGGCUUUUUGGUACAGAAUACUCUGAAAUUUUUACUUCGCUUUGGAGAUGUAACAUAUUAUUUAGGUUAUAAUGCAUUGCAAGAUUUUUUUCCAACAAUGGUAUUAAAGCCAAAUCCAAAUUGUGAAGAUAAUUAUUGCAGACAAAGACAACAAGAAUAUCAGGCAAAACCAAAAGUUGAAAAGCCUGUUGAAGAAGUUAGUGAUACAAAACCUUUGCACGAAGACAAUGAAUGGGGAAUCUCCUUAGUAGAGGAAUAUGAACAGCAAGAAGAAGAAAAUGCUCAGUUAGUUAAUACCGGUUUAAAACAGGCUUAUACCAUAUCUGUACAACCAACUAAUUCUCAAAAUGAAAUAGCAAAUACAUCUGGUCCAAGCUUAGAAGAACUGAUGCAACAAAUGAAAUCUUUAUAAUAUUUUUAAACCUUACAAAAAUGUCUAUAAAAAGUUAAAUAUUAAAUGCAUUCCAUGAAAUAAUAAUGACAAAUUUUUUAGAUGAAUGUUUUUGCAUAUUCGCAUUAUUGAGGAAUAAAACUUACAGAAAUAAAAUUAAAAAUAAAUUUUUUUAGAUUAAAAUAUAAAAAUAAAAAAUAGAAUUGGAAUAUUAGCUUAUAUAAUUUUAUUAAAUAUUUUAUCCAUACAUCACUAGAAUCAAGCGAAUGUAAAUGCGGAAUGAAAAUACAAAACCAUAUAAACGUUAA